UUUGAAAAUAUUCAGAGGACAGCAAUUUCUUAGCUGUACAUUUCAUGAGAAAACAACGGUCCAAUUUUAGGUUUGAAGACUGAAUCGAAAUGAAAUAAGCAAAAGUACACCUGCAGGUCCUAUAGACCUGGAACGCAAAAUACAAGUUGGAGUGGGCCCAUUUCAUCUCCAGGCGGCACUUUUCAGCCACUGGCUUGGUCAACCAGACGCCCUACACUUAAGCGCAACCUUCAGAAAAUAAGCACAUUUUAAGAACUGCUUAAUCUUUCCGUUACAUCUUAAUCCUAUCCACGUCAAAGCUUUAGCCUUUGACAUAACAAAAGCAAACACCACCAUCUUAUCAUCGUUGCAUCGCCAUCAUUCCUGCAAGAAUCGUUUGUUUUGAACCUAUUGACCGAUUUGUGCAUGGAUCUCGUAGACGAUGAGGUCCCGCCGCUAGAGCCGUGCCUGCCGCCGCCGCCGCCGCGCGCCGCCAUGCGGUCCCGGCCGUCGAGCUGGAGCAGCAGCGGGAGCAGCGGCGGCGUCGAGUACACGAGCCUCCGGGACGUGAUCGCCGAGGCCGGGCCCGGCAGCGGCGGCGGCAGCUUCGGCGACGGCGCCGACUUCGACGCGUCCAACAUCAACAUCCGCAACCAGCUGCUGAAGCACGCCGCGUCGGCGUACCUCCAGUCGGCGAUCGUCGUGCCGCCGCGGGACACGGGGUGCCUCAGCAGGCUGUGGAGGAGGCUGCUCCACCGCCGGCGCUGCCGCAUCCUGCAGCGGCCGUGGCCGGGGUGCUGCGGCGCCGGGGACCCGCCGCGCCUCUGCGCCGCGGCCGUGGCGGGCUCGGCGCGCCGGCUCGCCGCCUUCCUAUCCGGCUGCGUCGCCCGCAUGUGCACGUAGCAACGCGCGUCGUCACCGGCUCGCCAUUGAUUGGUGGUGAGGUGCGCAUGCUGCAAUGCUGGAUCUGUACCUGAAAGAUACAAUUGCAUCGAUGGAUUGACGGAGGUCGGAGGAGGCCAAAGGAAGGAGAAGGUGCGACGAUCUUGCAUUUGCAGGCUCUUCUGAUCCGCAAAAAAUAAGACGUGCCUGCCAGGAGGUGAUGUGUUUGUGUUUGUCAUCUCGUUCAUCGAUGAGGUUGCAAUCAGUACUUGAUCACUGAUAAGGACUGAAUAACAUCGAGAGAAAAAAACAUAGGAAUCGAUUACAACUUUUUUGUUUUUUUCUUUUCUCUCUGUAUUCGAAGAUUUUACAAAUUAUUCGUAACAAUUGUCUCCAAAUGAACAUAGCAAGGCCAU